AUGGCGGCGGAACCCGACGCCGGCCCGCUCUACCGGCGCGUGCUGGCGCUGGUGGACGAGCUACGCCUGGCCGAGAGCGCGCCGCCGGCUGAGCGGCGGCCCGUGCUGCAGUUCCAGUCGCCUGCCCAGCUAGCGCAGCAGCUGCCGCUGACACUGGGCGAGCCGCUACCAGACGAGUCGGCGCUGCUGCAACUCUGCCGCCAGGUGGCCAGCUACUCGGUGCGCACUUCUGACUUUCGGUUCCGAAAUCAGCUGUACGGCGGCGUGGACCAGUAUGGGCUGGCGGGAGCGCUGCUCACCGAGUGCCUCAACACCAACCAGCACACGUUCGAGGUGGCCCCUGCCUUCAUUCUGUGCGAGGCUGCCGUGCUCGAACACGUGCGCCAGCUGAUCGGUUGGCAGGACGGCGACGGCAUCUUCGCUGCUGGCGGCUCGAUGGCCAACCAGUACGGCCUGGCUCUGGCGCGUUACCACCGCCACCCGGAGGUGAAGGCGCGGGGCCUGUUCGGCCGCCGCCCGAUGGUGGUGUUCACCUCGGAGGACGCACACUACUCGAUCCUGAAGGCGGCCCACUGGCAUGGAUACGGCCACGAUAACGUGCUGGCCGUGCCUACGGACGAGUGUGGCCGGAUGCGGCCCGACGCUCUGGAGGCGGCGGUGACGCGCGCGCUGGCCGAGGACCGCGAGCCACUGGUGGUGAACGCCACGUGCGGCACCACCGUGCUCGGCGCCUUCGACCCGCUGCCGGAGAUUGCCGACAUCUGCCACCGGCACGGCCUCUGGCUGCACGUGGACGCUUGCUGGGGCGGUUCGGCGCUGCUAUCGCGCCGCUGGCGCCCUGUGCUGGCCGGCCUGGAGCGCGCUGACUCGGUGGCCUGGAACCCGCACAAGAUGCUGGGCGCGCCGCUGCAGUGCUCCCUGUUCGUGACGCGCCAUGCCGGCCUGCUGCACCGCUGCAACGCCGCCGCUGCCACCUACCUGUUCCAGCAGGACAAGUUCUACGACGUCAGCUUCGACACGGGCGACAAGUCGGUGCAGUGCGGCCGCAAGGUGGACGGCUUCAAGCUGUGGCUCAUGUGGAAGGCGCAUGGGGACGCCGGCCUUGAGCGGAGGGUGGACGCGACGUUCGCCGCGGCCGGCUAUUGCGCCGACCAGGUGGCGCAGCGGCCCGGCUUUCGGCCGGUGCUGGCCUCGCCGCAGUGUGCCAACGUCUGCUUCUGGUACGUGCCGCCGUCGCUGCGCGGCCAGGAGGAGACGGCUGCGUGGUGGGAGCGCCUGUCGCAGGUGGCGCCGCGUGUCAAGGAAGCCAUGGUGCGGCGAGGCUCGCUCAUGGUCGGCUACCAGCCACUGCCGCACAAACAGCUGGUCAACUUCUUCCGGCUGGUGUUUACGGGUGUGCCAGAAAUGGGGCCAGCUGAGGUAGACUACAUGCUGGACGAAAUCGACAGUUUGGGGCGCGACCUCUAGCACCCACAAUGGCAUCUGCACGGCUUAGUGGCCCCAGUUGUGACGAUGAGUGUGCUGGGCGGGAACGGGGUGGACAUGCUGUCGGGGCAGCUGGCGGUGGACAUACUGUCGGGGCGGCUGGCGGUGGACACAUUGUCGGGGCAGCUGGCGGUGGACAUCCUGUCGGGGCAGCUGGCGGUGGUCCGCCAGUGACUGGCGGCUGAAGCCAGCGACGGUUCAGAAGCGCCAGUCUCCGGGUCUUUGGAGCGUGUGGAACUGACAGUGGAGCGAUCUGAACCUGCCAGCCGCAGCAACCAUCUGUCAUAGGCGUGCCGUUCUCUGCGAUUUGUCACUGAGAGGAGCUUGACGCGAAUUUUUUAACUGUUUUGAAUACCGUGACAGUAGUGUUAUGCCGGGCGGUGUCGUGGGGAGCAGCCUCGCCGUGUGAUUGACGACGGCUUGUUGGAGUCAAAGUAGGGUUUGUUCGCACUAGUCGAGAUAUCAUCACUCAGGGGGUGCGGAUGUCAGUUAUGACCGGUGCGCGCCCACUAGGAAGGAUCGCGAUCACGACUUCAUAUCGUCGAUGAGGCUCCAGUACCGCUCAAAGCAGACGACGCGGCAAAAUACUGCCGUUUGGGCACGUUUAAGCGCGUUUGAGUGUUAGGUUAUACUCUGACAUCGGUGCCAUGAAAUAGGCAUUUGGCACGUUCUGUAAGAGAAAAUAUAUGUGUU